UGUUAACCUCCAUUCACAGUCACACAGUAAAUAAAAGCAUGGAGGCUCUCGGGAUCUAACACCGAGCAGCGGGGGGUAAAGACACUGCCGCAUGCGCUUUGCCCUCACUAAAUAAAACAGGAAGGACGCACAGAAGCAGCGAAAGCCUAGUCUGUUGGACUGAACUCAUUUUCCGAGGAAAAGAGGAUCGUAGCUGGCAACAGGAGCGGGGUAGCCCGCCGUGCUGAGCAUGAAGCGGACGGCUGUAGUGGCUAGGCACAAUGGCCUCGUCUCUCCGUUGGGGAACAACAACUCCGGGGCUUCGAGCAUCGUCUCACCACCCCAGCAGAGACCUACUAGUAUCUCCGCCAUAGCCGAAAUUUCUACGGGCGGUGGGAUAGAUGGCCUGUUGGAUUUCUCAAAAGGCCCUACCGUCAAAACAGAGCUAAUAUGUAAAUGGAUUGACCGAACUUCUUCGAGACAGAGGCUUGGUCGGACAUCGACAUCCGUCUGCGACCAAACUUUCAGCUCCAUGCACGAGCUGGUGGACCACGUCACCACCGAGCAUGUUGCAGCGGGGCUCGAGACCCUCAGUCAUGUCUGCAUGUGGGAUGAGUGUAUGCGCGGCGGGAAGGCGUUCAAAGCAAAAUACAAACUAAUCAACCACAUUCGUGUGCACACCGGGGAGAAGCCUUUUUCAUGCGCAUUUCCCAACUGCGGCAAGAUGUUCGCUCGCUCUGAGAACCUCAAGAUCCACACGCGCACGCACACUGGUGAGAAGCCAUUCCAGUGUGAAUUUUGUGAGCGCCGAUUUGCCAACAGCAGCGACCGGAAGAAGCACUCACAGGUCCACACAGCAUCAAAGCCCUACGACUGCAAGGCUCUGGGGUGCACCAAGUCCUACACCCACCCUAGCUCCUUGAGAAAACACAUGAAGGUUCAUGUAAAGUUGUCACCUACCUCUGAACCCCAGGACGCGUACGACUCUCUUCAACUUCAACAACCUCAUCAGGCUCUUCUUGAGCCCCUUGACCUUAAGAUGAACCGACUCUCUCCAUCCCUUGGCAGCAAACACAUCAAUUUCCCACUUCUGUCUAAUCAUGAAUUGGAUAUUAGCUCAGCCAACGAAGUAGACAAUAAGUUUCUGCUGCGUAGUUCGUCGCCAAUGGCAAUGCCUUUGGAUCUUUCACUAUCAGGCCUGAAAAGUCAACUGGCCCAGAAGCAUCAGAUAGGCAGGACCUCACGAAGGAGCCAGCGUUCUGUCAACCCAGCUUUACCUCAGCUGUCUAACAUUAAGGAAUGGUAUGUCUGUACCAGGACUACAGCACCACACUACCCUCUUCUUCACCCAGACCACAUCAAAUCUGAACCUAGUGAUGAUGAGGAAUAUGUCACGUAGGAUGUUACAUUUAAAUGGAGACCCUAUGUUAGUGAGACCUUAGUCAGGCAAGCAGGUUUUUUUUGUGGAAUCAUAAUUGCUGUUGUUUUCCAGGACCAGCAGUUGUAUGAUAUGGCAUCAGUGUCCAAGAAGAAAAAAAACCUUUGGAGGUUUUACUUCAUCUCGAAAAAAAAAAACUUCAGCUCGAAGAGUUAAGCUAUCUGUGGACCUUAAAGCAGUGGCUUGGACCAUGGUAGAAGGGAGAAGAGGAAUUCAAAUAAUUGUUAGCUACCUUACCUGAACUUAAAAAAGGCAAAACAUUUAAGAAGUGUACCAGGGAAUGUAAGUGACUGCUCCUGCUGUUAAAGAUUAGGAGGAUUUGUGUACAUGAUGACCUCUUUUAGAGAGAAAGAUUUUCUGAAGAUCUGACAGAUACAGAUUGAUAAAGGUAUUUCAAGGGCUAAAGUGGCACUGAUGGAAGUUGUUUAUGUUAACCUUAUCUUAAAGCAGCACUAUACACUUGGUAACAGCAAGUCCAAAACAGAAGACACAAUGGGUUUGUGUCUGUUGGAUUCUGUGUAUGCUUUAAAUAAACAUGCUUGUACAAUGUCAGAAAGUUUAAAAAAAAAAAAAAAAAAAAAAGUUGUAUUGGAAACGGCUGAUUCUGAUGUCAGAAUUGAGGUUCAUAUGCUGUAAGGUGAUGCCAUAAGCACUUUGUUUAAAGCAGACUUGGGUCUCUACUGAUAGUAACUUGUUCAAAAGUGUUAUGAAGUCUAAUUCAACAAAGCAACUGUAAGUACAGCUGAACUUUUGAGACAGUGGGACUGCUUUGUAUUGAUUAUCAAGUCUCUCCUUAACUUCAUCUUCUCUAUGGCCAUUUCAAUGGGUUACUCACCUGCAUUUGUUUACACUUACUUCACUACCCAAGGAUUUGAAGUUACCAAACAUGUCAUACCUGUAUUCCUUUUAACAAUAGAAUGUGUAUUAAACAAUGAAAAAUA